GGUGGCUGUUCUGAAUCUUGAGCUGGAACAAUGGCUUCGGAAAGACGAACGAAAGUAAAACAUUUGGUGGUGGAUGCAAAUGCCUUCAUCCGGAAUGUCAACCUCCAGGAGAUCGGUGAGAACAUCUAUUCUUUGCCCAAUGUCGUCGAAGAAAUCCGGGACUCAGCGACGCGACAACGUCUUCAAGUUCUACCGUACAAGUUGCGCUUGGAUCGAACGCCGACCACAGAGAGCCUCUGUGCUGUGACAGACUUCUCGAAGAAGACUGGUGACUAUCCGUCCCUGUCGGCAACCGAUCUCUCUAUCCUGGCAUUAACUCAUUUCCUCGAAAGAGAAGUUCAUGGCAACGUCGACCAUCUCAGUGUUACACCUAAACAGAACGCUCCCUUGAUAAAUCCCAAGAGAAGUGGCGAGCUCACGCUCAUCGGCGGGGUUCGGAUGCCUGUUGUCUCGAACGGGAGCGAGCUCGACAAGUUCGUGGAUCGCUCAGAGGACGUGCCCGAGACGGAGGAUGCUCGUAGAGAGGCGGAAGAGGAAUGCCUGCUGAAACGCAUUGAGAAUGUCGAUAUUGAAGACAGUGGUGCAGAAAUGGAAAACAGCUCAGAUGCCGAAGUGGACAGUGGGGAGGAAGAGGAACAUGACGACGAGGGAUGGAUCACAACAGACAACAUCCAAGAUAUUAAGAGAACCAUGGGUUUCGGUGGGAUAACGAGUCAGGAUGAGGAUAUGCCAUUGGUGGCGUGCAUCACUUCUGACUUCUCCAUGCAGAACGUCUUGAUUCAGAUGGGGUUGAAAUGUCUCUCUAUGGAUGGAAUGUGUAUCCGCCGGGCGCAGACUUACAUUCUCCGCUGCUUCGCUUGCUUCCAACGUACAUCUGAAAUGACUAGAAUCUUCUGCAAGUCCUGUGGGAACAAAGGGACCCUGAAGAAAGUUGCCGUCGAGAUCGACGAGAACGGAGAAAUGAAGAUGUUCAUCAACUUCAAGAAACCCAUAAAUCAGAGAGGAUUACGAUACAGUAUUCCGUUGUUCAGAGGCGGGAAGCACUCGAAUAAUCCGGUUCUCAACGAAUAUCAGCCCAGGCCGCAGAAUAAACUCCCGAAGAAAGCUCUGAGGAAAUUGAAUGCCCUAGAUCCGGAUUACGCGGCUCAAGACAGCCCGUUCUCGGCCAAGGAUGUUCAGAGCAGGGCAGCUAUGCUCGAUGUCCGUCAUAUCGGUGCUGUGAAGCCAGGUCUGGACAGAGAUCCCUACAUGAACCGAGUUAGAACCGGGAACAAGAAGAAAAAGAAUAGACUCUGAGUCCGACUCCGUUGAUUGUCAAGUGUAC